AUGGCGACAAACUUUGACUUAAACGAUUUAACUGUAGAACAACUUAUGGCCCUCAGCGAGAUAGUUGACGAUAGUGAUGGUAGUGACAUUGAUGACAAAGUUGAGGAAAUAUUCACGGAUGAGUUCUAUCGAGUCGCACCUAAGGAUAAGGGCAAAGAUCCCUUUGAAGGACAAAGACAAUUCAUAGACGAAGGCGACCGUUCUACGGAUCCUAAGAAACCAAGACGACUCCCACUUAACUAUAAAGGUAGAAGAGGAAUUAUGCCGACAUGGAAGUAUUCCGAGAAACAAAAGGCUAAGGCUCUACUCGUUGAGGAGGCAUAUCAGAACUUACUAAGUAGGGGAGCCAAAGGUUUACCACCAACAAUGGGAGGAAGAUGGCGAACAGACGAUCCACAGGUAAAUGCUGAAAUUAAGAGACUCGAAAAUGAGAGGAACCCUAAGCGUCCCAGAGGAAGACCACCGAAGCCUAAGUCUGAUGUAGAAGCAAAGGUUCCUAGAGGAAGACCAGUAAAACCUAAGACUGAUGCUAAAGUUGUGAUUCCUAAAAAGCGUGGGAGGCCACCGAAGCCUAAGUCCAACGCUGAAGUUGUGAUUCCCAAAAAGCGUGGAAGACCACCGAAGACUAAGGUAGUUGAAACACCAAAACCUAAGGUUAAAAGGCAAACCGUUGCUGAAAGAUUCAUAAGUCAAAACAGGAUUAAACUUUCAGUUCCUGCAAAUAGUGUUAUUACUCCAACAGGUCCAGGUAAGUUCACAAUCCACGUGAAUCUUAAUAAGAAACCCACAAGGAAAGCUCCUGAAGUACCAGAGGGUGUAGCUCCCUGGAAACCAACACCUAAACCUAGGGAAAGGCCAAUUCCUAAACCAGGAACUAUAUUUCCUAGGGAAAAACCCACUCCUAAACCGAGAACUAUAUUUCCCAGGGAAAAACCAACUCCUAAACCUAGAACCAAAAAAACAGUGCCUCCUCCAAAGCUACGAAAGCCCGCGAAAGUGACCAAGGAAGUUGGGGAACAACCUGUAGUGGUUACACCAGAGGAACAUGAAAUUGAUCCAUUUGGAACAUACCUUGAAAAGCCAUCCUACAGGAAAAUAGAAACUGCCGCAAACGGAGCAGCUGUGACCUACUCAAUAACUCCAAACUAUAUGGAUCCCCUAGACCAGAUGACAGCAAGUAGGCAGGUGGUGAGGGGAAUAUUGGUAAACGAGCUGAAAAGAAUGGGAGGUUUAAAAUACACCGAAACAAUUAAGGUAAGAAUGUCAAAGGAAAUCGGUAAUGACAAAACAAAGAAGGAUUCAAUAUACUCCAAGUCGAAAACAGGAACUGCAACCAACUUCAAGGAUAUCGAAAGCACUGCUGCACAAAACCAACUGACAAUUUUAUCAAGAAUUGAAACAUUCCAAAACUUAGGUUCAAACUGGAUCAUAUUAAAUAUUGAAAGCCACUACGUUAACAUUGCAAUGUAUAAACCUCUAAAGGGUAGUUCAUAUAUGAAAUUACCCGCAGACAUUAGUAAUCCAAAAUGCGGUCUCAUUAAUAUGAAAAACAAUGACAACAAAUGUUUUAUGUGGAGUCAUGUGAGACACGUAAGACCUAAGGCUAGGAGAGCAACAACCAUAACACGACAGGAUGUUGAGUUCGCGGAAAACCUAGACUAUGAGGGAAUAGACUUCCCUGUGAAAAUAAGCGAUAUUGACAAAAUUGAGAGAAAGAACUGUAUAAGUAUAUCAGUGUUCGGUUAUAAGGGUAAAAAGCAGUUCUACCCAAUAAGAAACUCCAAGACAAAAUACGACGAGCAUAUGGAGCUGCUACUACUAGGUGAUGGUGAUGGUAACAACCACUACGUUCUAAUAAAGGAUGUAAAUAGAAUGCUCUUCAGCGUAAGUGGAAACUCAAACAAGAAACACUUCUGUCUGCAUUGUCUUCAUAGUUGCGUAAGUGAAGAGUCACUGGAAAAACACAAGGAGACAUGUAUCGAGGUAAAUGGAACUCAGGCCACAAAGCUUCCAAAUGAGGGUACAAAAAUAAAGUUCAAAAAUCACAGGAACUCAAUGCCUGCACCAUUUGUGAUAUACGCUGAUUUCGAGUCCAUACUGGUUCCAGAAGAAAGAAAAGCUGAUUUUGAAAACUCUGAGGACAAAAGUACUACAGACCUUUACCAGACACACAAAGCCUGUAGUUUUGGGCUAAAAACAGUAUGCCAUUAUGAUGAUCAGUACUCCGGUGAAUACAUAAGUUAUGUUGGUGAAGACGCUACACUAGUCUUCCUGAAGACCGUACUAAAGGAGUCCAUUAAGUGUCGAGAGAUGGUCAACAAAAUAUUCAAGAAAAAGAUGGUAAUCACACCGGAACAAGAAGCUGAGUUCUGGAUGACAAGAAACUGCUCCAUAUGUGGUAACGACUUGGGUGAUGAUAGAGUGAGAGACCACGAUCACAUAACUGGGCUGUUUCGUGGAGCCGCCCAUAAUAUGUGUAAUUUGAAGUAUAGAAUCACAUGGAAAGUUCCGGUGGUUUUCCACAACCUAAGAGGCUAUGAUAGCCAUCUAAUAAUGCAGGAGAUCGGUAAAUUUAAGAUGAACAUCAACGUGAUCCCAAAUAAUAUGGAAAAAUAUAUUUCCUUCUCACUAGGUAAAAGUCUUGUGUUCAUUGACUCUAUACAGUUCAUGGCUUCUUCUUUGGAAGCACUCGUGAGCAACCUUUCACCUGAGGACUUCAAGAUAGUUGGUAAGAGGUGGAAAGGUGAGGACUUCAAUCUUGUGACACAAAAAGGUAUAUUCCCAUAUGAAUACUUAGAUGACAUCAGUAAACUUAGUGCUGAGGGGCUUCCAAGUAGAGAUAAAUUCUACUCAUCUCUUUACGAGUCGGAAGUGAAAGAAGAAGAUUACCAAAGAGCGCUAAAAGUAUGGGAUCACUUUAAGAUGAAAACCAUGAGAGACUACCACGAUCUCUACCUGGAAACUGACGUUCUUCUUCUAGCAGAUGUCUUCGAGAACUUCAGGAGAACUUGCUUGGAAAAUUACAAGCUUGACCCUGCACACUACAUAUCAGCACCAAGUCUAAGUUGGGACGCCUUCCUAAAACAGUCAGGUGAGGAAAUAGAAUUG